GUUGAAAUGCUACGAGCUGAACUUAAAAAGGCCGAAGAACGACAUGACAAUGUGCUUUCUCGUUUGCAGAAGGCCGAAGCUGCAGCAUUAGAAGCUAGCAAAAACCAGAAGAAAGUAGUUGAAGAGCUCAAUAAGAAGUUAGAAGAAGCAAGCGAAAGUGAAUCUGAUGCUGAAGAGAAGAUAAUAAAACUACAGCAAGAACUACAAAUGUCAAAGAAUGAGCUUGUUCUGAACAAAGAGGCUGUUAAGAAGCUUGAAACGCAGUUGGUCGAACUGCAAGCUGAGAAGAAGAAGUUGGAGUCAAAAGCUUCAGUGGCUGAUGAGAUCACUACAUUGAUGAGUUCGUUAUCAGCAGUGCGGUCGGAGAAUGGGCAAUACCAAGAGGAGAUUCGCUUACUUCACAGCCAGUUGGAAGAAGUAAGAGAUGAGUUGGAAAGAGCUCUAGAAGAAAGUGAUGAAUGGAAGUCAAGAGCUGAAAUGGCUGAGAAAGAGAAGAGCCUUAUGGAGGCUGAGAUGAAUAAGGAGCAUGAAAAAAUUAUUGCUCUAAAGAGCUCUGAAGCAAGUCGGGUAGCCCAUGAAGCUGAACUCGCAUCGAACACAUCCCAGCUACAAUCGGAAAAUUCUAAGCUCCAAGAGGAAACUAAGGGUUUGCGUGCCGAGCUGGAAAGGGUGCAAACACAGCAGAAAGAAGCCGAGGAAGAGUCAAUGAGAAAGUUAAGAGAGUUGACAGAGAAGUGUGAGGCAAUUCAGAAGGAGGCAGAU